AUGGCGAUCGAGCUGGAGACCUUUCUGGGCGCCUGGAAGGAUUCUCUGGGCAAUGAAGUCGCUGUAAAGCGCACUAAGAACGGAAGUCGAGGAGGAGCGUUGAAUGUGCUCCUUUCCAAGCCGUACAGCAGCAGGCCACCGAUCAAGCUGGAUGUGAAAUCUGUUGGAUCUGGGCAGUUCGCUUGCGGCCACUACGACUUGGACUUGGAGAACAGCUCCGAGAAUCGCAUUAUCUGGGUCGACCGAAAGAAUGCUCGAAAGACGUCUACAUGGGAGCGGGUAGAUCGUGACGCGCGUCGCGACAGCCGGAGCCCAAGCCGGAGCCGGAGCCGGAGCCGGAGCCGGCGCCCGCGCUUGCCUCCCCGUGGCAUUCCUCGAGUAAAGGUUGUGCCAGCCGAACCCGAAGGGCCGUGGUCCGCCGGAUACGGCUUGCCAUCUCCCGCGGCUUACUGGGCGCAGGCGGCGCCCGCAUGGCCGGAGCCACGAUCGGCUGCAGCCAGCGGCACCACCCCUGGAGCUUGGGUUCCACCAAGCAUGGAGGAAGUCGAGACUGCGAGCAAGACACUCGCACCUUUGCCUUCUCUGGCUUUGCCAGCACCGGAAGCAGGCCCUCCACCGGAGGCUGAAGGGGCUGGUAUCGUCAAGCCCGUUGCACGGGCCGUGCCUGUGAAAGUCGUUAAGCCGCCACCUUUGGUGGACGAAAUGGAGGAGUUUGACAAGUUGCUGCUUCAAGCUGAGGCAAGCAAAUGGAACCCAGGCGAGGAUGGUCAACGGAUGGUAAACGGAGAGAUGAGAGUCACCUCUUGCCAAGUUAUCGGCAAGUAUCCGGAUGUCCAAUAUGAAGCUUUGCGAGACGACCAUUGCUUCAACCCAAAUGGGACUUCAGCCGCGCUCUACUGCAGCACGAGCGUUGCACACUCCAGGAAGGCUUGUGACGAAGCUGGAGGCAAGUACGAUGACAAGAUCACGGAGAGCAAGCGUGCGUGCAUCAAGCAAUGCACGACAGAGGGCGACCUCUGUGUAGGAGUGAGAUGGCAGGCCGUGUUCAAGCACUGUACCAUUUUGUACGGGACCUGCCAAGACUCGGACGAUGGAGUCAACUUCCAGAGCGAGUACUGGAGGAAACUGAUUCCCUCAGACUUCGAUAUACCAAAAGUGGGCCUGUCCACCUGCAACGGGACGAUGCUGACCUGCAGUGAGGACGGCACAGACCCUUGCGAGGCCUUCGAUGGUUGCCUGAAGUUGUACCAUGGCUGUGGGGGCAAGCUGGUGCAAUGUAGCCUGGAUGUUUCCGGCGUCUGCAAGGGCACUCUGCAGUGUCACCAGCCAUGUACGGGUCAGCUGAGACGAGGUAAGGUAGACUGCCGAGAGCUUGACAGAGCUAGCUGCCUCCAUAGCUUCGUCCAAAGAGGUGACCGGCUGGGCGAGGAGUGCAUGCUGGUUGACGAGAGGAGCUGUGUAGCCAGGAGAACUUGUGGGAGACUAGCUAUGUCCGUCACUUCAAACAGCAAGCGGGCUGCGUCUCGUGUGAGCUUGAUCUUCGAUGCCGCUGGCCAAGGUGCGAGCUCGAGCAAGCCUGGCCCUUGGCCCGUGAAGCAGGAGUCGGCGCAGGCAGCGUCGGCGGCGCCAGUAGCACCGGCAGUGGCGCGAGCGACGCCGGCAGCGGCGCCAGCAGCGGCUCCGCCAGCAGCGACGGAAAGAAGCGAAGCCAACGGCGGCUUUGCUGUGGGCCAGAGCCAGGCCAUACAAACACCCGCAGGGGAGCAGGAAGUGGAGCAGAGACAGCCCACGCCCCCCACGCCCCCCAUGCCCACGUUCGAACGAGUCAAGACGGAGCCCACGGGCACCAAGACAUCACAAGCUUCGAACGAGAGCAAGGAGCAGUUGGCACAGCAUGUGGAUCGGGGGCAACCGCAGCAAGCGGAGCAAGAGCAAAAAGAGAAAGGGAAGACGGGGAAGAAGGAGAAGAAGGAAAAGCCUAGCAAGCAAACCGUCAAGCCCAAGCGUUCGCUUCCUGGCCUGCCAACUUCCGUCAAGCUUGAAUUGGUGGAGGAGGAGGUGCAAACUCCGCCAGGCACCGUGACGGCUAAAGCUGGUGGACACGAGGAGCCGGCUCGUGAUCCUAGGCGACGGCCCGAGAAGGACCACGACGACGAGCAUGUCCAGGUUCUGGUUGAUCCGUACCUGGAGGUUCCGGCGCUUCCGGAGCCCAAGUCCACCUUGUCAGUGGAAGUCCUGAGCCAACCGCAGCCGCAGCCGGCAAUUGCCACUGCAAAGCAGCCGGUGGCAAAACGUCGAACGAGACCGGCUCCCAAGAAAGCCAUUGUCAAGGUGCCGCCACCAGUCCCAGGUAUGGUGACGACCCCGGGACUGUCAGAAGUUCCCCAGACGCCAGGACCUAUGCUCUCACAGCAUGAGAGAGAUAGGAAGCUUCAAGAAAUCAAGCUGCUCCUUGAACAGCAAACAUCAGAAUUGACACCGAUUCCUCCGCCACCCCUUGCCCCGGCACCGCGUCCAAACUCCCUGGCGCCCCCGACUCCUUUGACUCCCAUGACGCCCAUGACCCCCGCCACCCCGAUGACCCCCAUGACUCCCUCGACGCCCAUGACGCCAAUGACGCCGAUGAUGCCGAUGUCCAAGAGUGCUUCCAUUCCGCCUCGAGCCGAGGACGAUGCGGAGAAGCGUCUCCAGGCCUACUCCCAGUUGCUCCUUGGAGACGAUGCCGAUGCAGCCGAGGCGCCCUGGAAACGCCAGGGCAAGCGACGGCGUGUGGACUUGUGA